UGUGUGAGCCCAGAUUACAACCAACCAGAUACUGAAAAGGGAAGGCAGGAGUGCAGGGCAGAAAUCAAGAGAUACAAGCUCCUCUGACAUACUCUCUCCCUCUGUAUCUGUUGGAAAGAAAGAAAAGAUGUCCACAUACAGAAUGUAGUCACAAAGAGAGUGAUAAAAAGGGUAAGAAAAAGAAAGGAGAACUGUUUUACCAAGAGUGAGCUUUCCAGAGGAUGGUGCUGUCACACAGGAUGAGAAGGAAGAGGAGGUGAUGUGUGUGAGUGUGUGGAUUUGCAACACACCAGCAAAAUAGGACACUAAGGUUUGUGUGUAUGAGAGAGAGAGUGAGAAGUGAAACCAUCAUCUACAACCUGAGGUUUCACAAGCCAUGCUGAAGACCAGGAGCCAGCCAGUCAUCUGCUGAACACCAUGGCCCAGGCUAAAGGGAAAAGAGACGGCAUGGUGUCGUCCUUUAAGAACAGACGUCGGCCGUUCUCGAUGGGUGAGGUGGAGGGUGUGUUGAGGCAACGCCUGCGGACCAUUUUUCUCCAGAAGAACUCGCAAGGAUUCGGCUUCACUCUGCGCCACUUCAUUGUCUACCCUCCAGAGUCCUCUCUUCAAGGUUUCAAGACUGAACCACCAGACAGACAGAAAGAGAGGCAGGCAUGUAGACAGGAUGAAGACAAUGGAAAUGCACUUGGAAAAGGUUUUUUCCAGUCUUGUUUGGAGCCAAUGGACACCAUCUUUGUGAAGAGUGUCAAAGAGAAUGGUUCUGCCCAACUAGCUGGACUGCGUACAGGGGACAGAUUGGUAGAGGUCAAUGGGGAGAGCAUUCUGGGGAAAACCUAUUCUCAAGUGAUCACCCUCAUCCAAAAGAGUGAAAACAUUCUCGAGCUCUCUAUUAUGCCAAAAGAUGAGGAUGUGUUGCAGUUGGUAAGUGCUUUCUCCCAGGGCGCCUACCUGAAAAGCAAUGAGCCAUGUUCAGGUCAGGCCCAGAACGUCACUGAUCCUCCACCUUUUUGUUGCCCUUCAAUCAAGCCAACUUCCACUGCCCCCCGGCCCAGCCACAACCUCCACAGCUCCUUGGACAACUUGCAGUGUCAACCUGGCUUUAUCCCCUCUUUACUGGAUAGUCACCUCUGUGCUGUUUCUCCUCCCCGCUGCAGCUUGCCCAGAGAUCCUGAGGAUUCUAGUGACCACUUUGCCCUGUUUGGGCGGAACCGAAGUCACAGUUCUUCAGCCAUUAGUGCACUGGACUUUCACUUUGCUAACCACAAUGCCGCCAUCGUCUCUGCAGCUUUGACUCCGCUAAGGAAGAGCAGCCAUAACGAUGCCCUUGGCCACCAAGCUCUGUCAGACUGGUAUUACAGCCAGGGUGAGGCAGCAGAACGCAUGUCCCCCAGUGGCCACAGUAUUUCUCAGGACUGUUUAGUGGGGCUGGGCUUGGGACUUGCCCCAGGACCUAUGUCUGUCUCAACAAUCUCUGCAGAACAGCGCAGAAGAGAAACCCUUCUGUAUCACCACCAGGCAGCUACUGCUUCCCAUGCCUCUUAUUGGCUAGGGGGCCAGAGUGGGGUAUCGGGACCAGGAAACAGCUCAUGUUCAGAGAGCUUGCUAGCAGCCUGCACUGAGUAUGAGCACGACUAUGAGCGUUCUGUGAAAAUUCCGGUUCAAGCCUCUGCACUCACCUCACUACACUACAAACAUACAUCUCAUAGUCCCCAGUCAAUACAAUUCAGCAAGCAGAAAGUCUCAGGAGGGUUUCAGCGCCAAAUAGUGACAGGACCUAUCACAACCUCCUCCACACUGCCUCCUAGUAGCAGGCAGUCAGGGCAGCAAGUAGCUGAACCCCAAACAAGGCGAAUCAAAGAGAAAGAGCUGGUUGACUACAUAAGCUACAGUCCUUUCUCCCACAAGACUGGCCACCACUUCCAACAGGCCCACUCCUUCAGAGACCCCAGCUACAGCAGCUCCUACCUCAGUCGGAGGCCCAACAGCAAGGAUAGCCUUGCAGACAAUGAGAGUGUGGUGGUACCCAAGCCCCAGUCUAACCCCAUCCUGCCUCCUUCAGAGGAGGAGAGAGCCAAGCUGGGUGGCAGGGAGGAAAUUUCCCUGAAUCACAAGGUUGUGCUCAGACAGAAGCCACCUUCACGCUGCUGGACCCCUGGUCAGUUUCUUCUACACCCCCACAACAACUGUGGAACUGUGGAGUCACCUGCACUUCCUGGUUUGACACCUUCAUCAGGGACCCUCUCGUCUGUCUUUGUGGGCCCAAACCACAGGGCCAGUGGUAGCCUGGCACAGCAUGCAUCUGACCCCCGGUCCUCUAUUCCCUUCAUAGGCAGUAUUAAAAGUCGUCGGUCUUCUUACCUGCUGGCCAUCACCACCGAGAGAUCCAAGUCCUGUGACGAAGGUCUCAACACCUUUAGGGAGGAAGGCCGUGUCUUUUCCAAAUUACCAAAAAGGGUCAAGAGUUUUUUCACUGAAGUGUCUCUGGAGAGACUGCAAGCUGAGGAGGAGGCCAUAUCAAAGCGCCACUCCACUUCUGAACUGGGAACCAUUACCUUCAGUGAUGUUCGCAAGGAGGGCUGGCUGCACUACAAACAGAUCCUCACAGAGAAGGGAAAGAAAGUUGGUGGUGGCAUGCGGCCGUGGAAACGGGUCUUCUCUGUUCUUCGUUCCCAUUCUCUUUUCCUGUACAAGGACAAGCGAGAGGCAGUUCUUCACGGAGCAGGGGCAGGACUCAGCCAGGACGAACAUCCUUCAAUCAGCAUCUACGGCUGCCUGAUCGAUAUUUCCUACAGUGAAACAAAGCGCAAGCACACCUUGAGGCUAACCACACAAGACUUCUGUGAGUACCUGCUGCAGGCCAAGGACAGGGACGACAUGUUGGCCUGGAUCACGGUCGUCAGGGAGAACAGCAAGACUGACAAUGAGGAGAAUGGUAUCACAAGACAAGCUCUCAUCAACAAGAAGCUGAAUGAAUACAGAAAACACAGUCUGACAGGCAACAAGCCAGAUUCCUCUUCCAGAGCCCAACAUAUGAUACCUCCCUUCCUCCUGGCUAAGACUGACAACACAUCAAUGAACCGAGUUUUGAGAACUGAUGACAACAAGGCAUUCUGGGGCAUCAACAUCAUGAAGAAGGCAAAGAAAAUGGGCAGUCCAAAGGCUUUUGGGGUUCGACUAGAGGACUGUCAGCCUGCUGUCAAAAAUAAAUUUGUCCCUCUGAUAGUGGAGAUGUGCUGUGGUGUGGUAGAGGCGAUGGGUCUGGAGUACACCGGCAUUUACCGUGUGCCUGGGAAUAAUGCCAUGGUGUCCAAUCUGCAGGAGCAUCUCAACAAGGGCAUGGACAUCAACACUGCUGAAGAGAAAUGGCAGGACCUGAAUGUAAUGAGCAGCUUGCUUAAAUCGUUCUUUCGAAAAUUGCCUGAGCCUCUAUUUACAGAUGACAAAUACAGUGACUUCAUUGAUGCCAACCGGAUAGCAGAUGGAGAGGACAGACUGAAGACCAUGAAAAAACUGAUCCAUGACCUCCCAGAUCACUAUUUCCACACACUGAAGUUCUUGAUGGGCCACCUCAAAAGGGUGGCAGAUCACUCUGAAAAGAACAAGAUGGAGCCAAGAAACUUAGCUCUGGUGUUUGGUCCUACUCUUGUAAGAACAUCAGAGGACAGCAUGACUGACAUGGUCACCCACAUGCCUGACCGCUACAAAAUAGUGGAAACACUUAUUCUGCAUUAUCAAUGGUUUUUCAGUGAUGGAGAGCCUGAUGUAGAAAAGAAGGCCACAGAGGAAAAGCAGGACAUGCAGCCUGUGCCCAACAUUGACCAUCUCCUGCCUAACAUUGGCAGGCUGGGCAUGCCAAGAGAGACAUCAGAUUGCACCACCAGGAAUUCACUUAGGUCAAAGGAUUCUUCACAAUCCAAGAAAGACCUGAAUGCCAGGGACUUCCUGCCCAAGUCCAUUAUCUCUGUUGUGACCCGCAAACGUAAGAAAGGACUCGGUACCCACUUGCCAGGCAGCAGCACUGAUGAGGAAUCUGAGCAUGAGCCAGUCAAAGCCAGCAACUACAGGAAGGAGGAAAAAGGGGAAGAAGAUAGACGACACAAAGAGGCAGUCAAGGGAGAAAGUAUCAGUUCUAAAAAAGACAAAAAGGAUGAAAAGGGAAAUAGGGUGGAAGCUGUAGAGACAACAGAGGGAAAAGAUUCAAUGGUGGGAGGAGAAAAGGCUGAAAAGGACUUAGGGAAGGAACUAGGCAAUAGCACCGUAAAAUUUGAAAGAGUUACUAGGCAGAAACCAGUCUCGUUAGAAACUGCACCACAGCUUUUUCCAAACAGUUUCCUCUACUCACACCAUCAGGGCAGCUCCACAUACUCAAGAGCCCAUCCUGUGACAGAUCCUACUUCCCACUUAAGGUCUGACUCCAUGGCAAGAACACAUCCCACUUUCUGCAUCUCCCCAAACAGGCCUCUCAGUCUCUACCAGGCUUCCAGCUUUCACAGGACCCAGCAACCAGACUGGCAACAACCAGUGCCAGUUCACUAUAGGAAGACCAGAGGUGGGAGAACAAGGAGUGUAUCCAUGAAUCUGGACCUUGAGCUGGGCAUGAGUGAGGACAGAGUCAGAGGGUGGAGAGCAGAAAGGGUGGAGGUGAUCAGAGUCACUGGGGGAGGAUCAGGUCAGCAUAGAUGUGUUGGGGUUCGAAAGGGAUCAUUUGUUGGUCCCAGGUCAAUUGAGCAAAUAGAUAACCUCCCUUGUCUUGCCCAGGAGGCCCCUCCUCUCUCCUCCUCUCUUUCAGGAUCCAUAAAUCAAAGCUUCCCAGGAUCUUCUACUAUGGUCCCGAGGACAUUGGUCCUAGACCCACAGGAUUUUACCAGAUCAUGGUGCUGCCAUACAGUGGUAGUUUGAGUGUUUCAUCUAAUAAACGUUACUUUGCACUUGCCCUUUUCUCACUGGACACUGGCAAUGAACUACUUAUGUUAUGUUACCUGGAAAUCCCUGUUGUCUCAUGACUCAUCCAUCUUACAUUGAAGAUUUAAUCUCAUAGUUAAGGAAUUCUUUCUUCUGAUAAUGUUCUGGCAGUUGGGGCAAAGGAAAUUUACUAUAAAAUAACCAUCUCCUUAAAAAAAAAAAGAGUAGUUGUCCAUUUGUCCAUAAUUUAAUUGGAGUUUGUUGCUUUACUUUUACAUGAAAUCUUGUGUAUUUAAAAGGUUUUAAUGUUAAAUAAAUUCUAAUUUAUAAAACCCAGUGAUUUGCAUUAAA